UGAAUUGAUACACAGUUGCGAACGAACGCAAGCAGGCUUCCGUGCGCAAGCCUCCUCUAGCAGCGCAAUCAGGUAUGGCAUGAGGACGCAGUGCCGCGUAGAAUCAAAAACCUGAUCCAAGCUGUCGAUUAACUCGGAAGUGGUUGUAGCUAUAUAUUAGUGCGUAGUAACUUAUAGGAAGGCAGAAUGAAACAUUCGCAAGUAAUAUUACUCAUUGGAUUUUUAUACAUUAACUCAGUCUUAGGUCAAUUAGCAACAUGUUCCUCGUCACAACAAUGCGUUAGGUUCAGCGACUGUCCUGACGUUCGAAAAUAUACUGGACCAUCGCAAAACUGGCCUCCGUCGGUGCAAAAAUAUGUUAAGAGCCGGUUUUGCAAAUUUGAGAAGCAUGCAGGCCAAAACAUUUACAGCGUUUGUUGCGAUUCACGAAAUAUGCCCACAAAUACUCUGUCAGCUCCCUGGGGAUAUCCGAUCUCUUCCCAUCAGCCAAAAGGUCUAGACUUGCUGGACAUGAAGGCGUGUGGCAAAGACAGCAGCGAGCGCAUAGCCUUCGGAAAAAAUGCGAAGGUAUUUUCCUAUCCAUGGAUGGCCCUGCUCAUAGAUAUCAAUGAGCAGAUCCGUUGCGGCGGAACGCUUAUCACUGAAAGCUACGUCCUGACAGCAGCACACUGCAAUCGACCGCCGAUAGCAACUGUCCGACUAGGAGAAAACGACAUAACCAAGAAAAUAGAUUGUAACGACUUUGAUGGAGAGGAGUCCGACUGCGCUGAUCCACCGCAGAACAUUGGUGUGUCCAGAUUUAUAAGGCACCCAAUGUAUAGUAGUUCCAAGAGAAGAAAUGACAUAGCUUUAAUCAAACUAGCCGAACCGGCUAAAUUAAGUUACAGUGUUAAAACCAUCUGUCUACCAAUUGGUCCGAUGGUCCGUAAUCCGUUGCCAAAGGAAAUGAUCAUUACCGGCUGGGGUUUCACCGAGAAACGAAGAACGUCCAACGUUCUGCAGUAUGCCACCGUGCCGAUAUUAGAAAACAAUCGAUGUGCUAGCACAUUAGCCAAACUCAACGAUGCCAUUACACUAGAUGACUCAAGUCAGCUUUGCGCCGGCGGAGUCAACAAGGUGGAUAACUGUGCGGGUGACUCCGGGGGCCCGUUACAGUAUUUCUCGCGAACCUCUGCUGCGGUCCAAUACGGAAUAGUAGCUUUCGGGGUAGACUCCUGUGGAGACAAAACCGCGCCCGGAGUGUACACCCGAGUUUCAUAUUAUAUUGACUGGAUUUUGCAAAACUUGGAAUAAACUCUCACUGUGUGCAAAAGUUGAA